GGUGGGCGGUGCUUCGGUGACUACAUAGUACAUUGCAGAAUGUGAGAAUAUGGUGGUUCAGGAAAAGGAGCUUCGAGUUGCAUUUCAUAAAACAUGACUCAUCGUGCCUCUUGUUUCAGGGCAAGAAGAGUUGAUUUAGUGAUCUAAAUGGACGCGAUACUGAAUUACAGGUUGGAAGACACCGAAGACUACUACACGUUACUGGGAUGUGAUGAACUGUCUUCGGUGGAACAGAUCCUAGCAGAAUUUAAGGUCAGAGCCCUGGAAUGUCAUCCCGACAAGCAUCCUGAAAAUUCCCAAGCAGUGGAGACUUUUCAGAAAUUGCAGAAGGCAAAGGAGAUUCUGACUAAUGAAGAGAGUCGAGCCCGCUAUGACCACUGGCGAAGGAGCCAGAUCGCGAUGUCAUUCCAGCAGUGGGAAGCUUUGAGUGACUCGGUGAAAACGUCAAUGCACUGGGCUGUCAGAGGUAAAAAAGAUCGAAUGCUGGAAGAACCUGACCAGAUUCAUACCAACAAGAUUGAAAAUGAGGAACAGAACGAACAAAGAGAAAUAAAGAAAGAAGAGUUGGGCUCAACCACUGAGAAGAUGGAGCAAAAAGAAUCUGAGUCCUUGGAGAAGUCAUCCUCCCGACAGAGUCCAGAUUCUUCAAGUUUUUCAGAUGUGAACAGUUGGCACCUUCAUUUCCGCUGGUUUGGGGAUGCUCCUUCAGAACUCCUGAGGAAAUUCAGAAACUAUGAAAUAUGAAAUGUCCCUGCUCAGUAGGAGGGAGAGCGAGUGAGCAAGACCACCGCCUGUGCUGCCAACAUGCAGUCUUUGUCCAAAUCUUUAAAAUGUCAUGUUAUAUGCCAUGUUUGUGAAUCGCUGAGUACCGAUUGAUUCCUCCACCCUUGAACCCAUUCUCACAAUAUGUCUUUUAAAUUAGAGAAAUUUCAGAAGAAAAUUUAAAAGAAAAUUUAGAAUGUUCUUUUAAUAUUAGAACAAAUUAAGCCUCUUAGAUCCAGAGUGGAUUGUAUUAUGUGUGUUUUCCGAUAAAUGCUAUUUAGAGAAAUCCAUUUUAAAAUCAAUCUCUGUAUUUAAAAAUUUCAUUGAUAUAUGAUGAUCUCUAUUAGUACGGAAUGUACAAGAAAUGUUUUCUGACUCUGGACUUAAAUUGAAAUGUGAAAUUACUUGUCUAAACCCCAUAGAAUGAAAUAAAUAAUUUUCCCAAAGUU